GGAUCGAUGGAGAGGAGGUUAUUCUUUUGCCGUGAAAGCGGGGAGUAAAGAAGUUCUUGAUGAAGAGUUCGCUGGAUGAGAUUGACACGGUCGAGCCACAGAGACGAGCCCUUCGGCAGCCCAUACAGUGCUCUAUUCUGGAGUACCUGGCGGCAUCGAAGCCGGCUCGCGAUGAGUUGCAGAUGAUCACGCGGAAGACUCGCAUAUCUCUAUCAGAGGAGGCUCAGGGGGCCCCUAAGGCGGGAGCUCCUACCGUAGCAGCAACGGGGGUGACUGCCAAGGCGGAUCGCAUGUCGACAGUCCUUCUUGAUGGGAUGGAAGGUGUGCCUCCUGACAAGUUUUACAUACUCGGUAGUGGGGCCGUGGAGACGAUCAUAAACGAUGGAGCGGUACUAGAUGCUGUGAUCGAUAACGGUAGUGAGGCUGUCAUUAUGGACGAGGAUCUGGCAGUACAGGUUGGACUGGGCCUCGAUAGGUCAUACCUAUUCGAGAUAGAGACUGCUGAUGGGAGAAAGCAACAGAUCACUGGGGUUUGUCACAAGGCAGCCAUAGAGGUCCAAGGGGUAGGAGUGACUCUGCCCGUCUUUGCAGUUAAGAACUGGAGCUCCGAUUUGCUCUUGGGACGAACGUGGUUGAGCCAUGUACAUGCGGUGACGAUAGAGCGACCAGAUGGGAGCGAGACAUUGUCCAUUAAGAAGCUAGAUGAGACGCGGGUUACGAUUGAGACGGUGGAGCCUCAGGACCCGAGGAACAGAGCAGCUCUCACAGUGGGAGCAAGACCCAGUGAUCAGAUUAAGUCAUUACCUAUCUCUGGCCGCGCGGUGCGAUUUCGCGAGAAGAAGUAUGGACCACUGCUCACAGAGGAAGAAGGUCGGAUCGUGGAAGUGGAAGAUUUAGGGGGUCGGCUGAUAGUGGACGGCAACUCGUACCCAAAGGAGACAGAUGAGGAAUUUCGCGGGGUGGUAUCUGUGUCUUUUUUAAGGGCACGACCCCCUAUGGGGGGCUACCCAAGCGACACAAGCGAGUAGCUCAAAAAGUUAAGCCAGCGGCGGUGGGCCACGAACGAUCCCCACUGGAAGAGAUAUCGGAAGAAGAGGUCGUAAAAGAAAUCAAAGAAAGAAAGAAAAAGGAGCCACAACACCUAACAAAAGAAAGGAUAGCAG